UGAGGGAGAGAGAGAGAGAGAGAGAAAGAGAGAGAGAGCGAAGCACAGCAGUUUUGAUUGUUUUUCAUUUUUUUCCCUAAUGAUCACUCCUCCGUCGCUGGUGCUUUUUGAGAAAGGGGGAAGGAGCCACAGAUCGCUGGAUCAGUCUUGACUGCCGCUGUGUCAGGAGCAGCCAGUGGUGAGCGCCGGCAACUCGUCCAAACUCGGCCGAUCAGACACCUGUUGAGCAUGCUUUAUGUGUGGCGCGCCGCGGCAGCUAUGGGAGUGUGCGGAGUGUCCGUCUGAUCGCCUCUGGGAUCUGAGCAGCUGUCGCACAUUGCUGGACCAAAAAAAAAAAGGUGGAUUGUACCGCAGUUUUGCCUCUUCUGCCUACGCCGGAGAGAUGUCAUCUCUUUAUCAUCGCAACAAGGACCUCUCGCGCACCAGAAAGUCGCUGUCAGACUCACCCCCCUCGUCUCCCACCGCCACCACACAAAGCUACAGACAUGAAAGGGCUUCGAGGUCAGAUUCCAGUGGAGGGGAGGGAGCCAGUGACCGUCUACUUGGCCGGACAACCUCCUACACGCGGCGGGAAAACCGCCUCGCAUCUCUAAACAAGGCCGAGGAUGACUCUGGAAACAGAGACUACAGAAAGUUAUAUGAGGAUGCCCUGUCAGAGAAUGACAAGCUGAAAUCCAGACUUUCAGACAGUAAACAAGAGCUGGUUAAAAUUCGGAAUCAGUUGCAGAAAGUCACACAGAAACAAGACCGGAUAUCAGAGAGGUCUGGUGUGUACGAAUCUGAAAAAAGAGAAAAACAAGCCCUGGAGAAAAAGGUGUCGGACAUGGAGGAGGAGCUGAAGCAGCCAGCUCGGCCAUUUCGCUGUGGUUACCAGCCUUGAACUCGUCUUUUAUUGGAUCAUUGAGAGAGGGGGUGGACCAUGGUUUUGAAUGAACUGAAAUCAGACAAUCAGCGACUGAAGGAUGAGAAUGGAGCCUUGAUCCGUGUCAUCAGCAAGCUUUCCAAAUGAGUGGACAAACACUGACUGUGCAGAGACCAAUUUUAACUCUUUCCUGUAUCUUUAUCACCCAAAUGUUUUCAUUUUAUUGACAUCAGACCGCUCAUUUAUUGGAAAUAUUUCAUUGGUUGAUAGCUGCUCAGAGGCUAGAAGAUGGAGAAAGAAAAUGGCAGUAAAUGGGUUCACCCACCAACCACACAUUGCACUUCAGUGCAGCAGACACACAGGGACAUCCUGAUACCUGGAUAAUCUGACCAUCCACACAAGCAUAUGGUGAAAUGCCAAUGCGUCUAAUUUACCAGCUCAAAGGUUUACUGAACAUCAUGGAGAUGUUGGCAUUUGGAUCAUACCAUUCACAGGUCUAAAAGUAUCUCAGGCCUGAAAUGGUAGUAUGCCUGUUUGUGUGUGAGUGAGUUUGUGUAUUACACGGUCUGCUUGUAUGUCAGAAUGGCUUUGUGUGUGUGUGUGUGUGUGUGUGUGUGUGUGUGUACACAAGUAUGUAAGUAUUACCCAGACUGCCUGUAUACCUGUGUGUGUGUGUGUGUGUGUGUGUGUGUGUGUGUGUGUGUGUGUGUGUGUGUGUGUGUGCUACAUAGUACAUGUCAUAAAGUAUAAUUGUCACCAUUGAUCAUGAAAAAAGGCCUAUCACUUGUCUGUGCAUAUUUAUGUUAGUCAAUAAGCUUUUCAUGUUUACAAUACUCACACAAAGAUGUAUGGAAAUCAAAUUAUUGAAACAUAUAUGGAGAUGGGUGGGGUGGGGUGGAGAGGGCGGAUUCACUUGCCACUUUUGAUGAAAUUCUCUAUGUUUAUUUAUGGUGUUUAGUUAGAGUUUGGUUCUAUGUGUACUAUAUGUAAUAUAUUUUCACUGAAAUAUUUAUCUUUCAAAGGUGUUUUAUAUGACAGUUCAACUUUAGAUGAAUGUAGAAGCACAGAAUGUACUGCAUUAUAUGAUCACAAAAUUCUAAUAUUCUAUUUUAGUUUGCAUGGUACUUAAAUGUUAAAGAUAAUCCAGUGGCCAUGAUUGAAUAAAAAAAAAGGGAAAAAAUCAUAAUGGAUACUGCUGUGUCUGUUCAGCCUAUGAAGGCUAAAGAUUAAAACCUAAGUCAUAUCUUAAAGAGUGCCACUGAAAUACAAACAAAGUGACCAUGACAAUUGGAACACUUGCCUAAAAUGUUUUGGGUGUGGUUUCCGGGAAUUCAAGUGAAACCUGGCAUUAAAGAGGAACUAUGCAGGA